ACAUAUACGGCUCUGCCUCCGUUGUGUAUGUCCAUACGCAUCCAUAACAACCUCCUGUGUGUGUGUAGCGCUGUAACCGGUGUAGUUCGCUUGCGUGCAUGCCGUAUGCCAUGUGCUCCUCCCGGUGCAGCAGUUUAAACGAUGUAACUAAUCCGUGCGAGCCUGCCUGAGGAAGUAAUACGCAAUUGUCUUUUUAGGCGUAUUUGAUUUCUGCUUUAAGAAGCUAACAUGAAACGAGCGGCCCCAACGAAUGAUUCGGAGGAAGUGCCUUCCAAGCUGAAGUAUCGCGUUCACAGGGUUCGCUUUUUUCAACCCGAAACCAAAGCCGUCAAUGUUCUGGCGUACGAAAAGUCAACGAAGAAGCUGGCUGUAGUUAGGUCGGACUUCUCCAUCGAAAUCUGGAACCUCAAGUUCACACCUUGUGUUGAAGGGGUGAUACUCGGAGACCCAAACAACUCCAUCGAAGCUGCGGUAUGGCAUGGCAAGCGGCUUUUCACCGCAGGUCUCAACGGGCACAUCACGGAAUACAACCUCGCUAAGCUGCAGCCGAAGUAUUCUGUUGCUGUGAUGUCGGGCCCUGCAUGGUGUUUGGCAGAGAAUCACCAACAGACUCAUAUUGCUGCGGGCACUGAACAGGGCUAUGUCUGUAUCUUUGAGAUUGCGGAUGAUGGCCUGAAUUUCUUCAAAACACUGAACAAGCAGGAAGGUCGGAUACUCUGCCUUGCAUGGCACAAAGAUGGGGAUAUAAUUGUCACAGGGUCAUCAGAUUUGAUUCGUAUCUGGAACGUGAAGUCUGGCCAUAUCAUUGACCGCAUCUCAGUUGGCCGGAUGCAGAAGAACAGGGAAACGCUUGUCUGGUGUCUGACAGUGACGAGUGACUUCACCAUCAUUAGCGGAGACUCCUGUGGCCGUACAUCGUUUUGGGAUGGAGCAACAGCUACUCUGAUAUCGAGUUCCAGGGUGCAUAAUGCCGAUGUCCUGACUCUCUGCUUGAGCGGGGAUGAGAAGAGUGUCUACGUUGCUGGUGUGGAUCCCUUGGUAGUUGAGUUCACCAGGAUCGGCCAGUCGCAAAAAUGGGUGAAGUCUCUUCAAAGGACCAAUCACACACAUGAUGUCCGGGCCCUGGCUUGUGCCAAAGAUUGGAUUGUUUCUGGAGGAAUGGACACCUACUUGGCCAUUUCAUCUCGAACAUCACUCACAAAACACUUAUCGUUUGAGCGCUCGGCGGUACAGCUAGCAUCGGCCAGUGGCCACCUUGUUCUCAAUGGUGAGUCACACCUGGAGCUCUGGCAGCUUGGCUCAUCCGGGUCUCAAGAAGGUGCACCGGGCGAGGCUUUACCUCUCUCCACGAGGCCGGCACUCCUGGCCCACGUGCGUCCCAGGCAAGGGACCCGGUUCCACUGUGCCGCCGUCUCCCCCGACUGCCAGUGGCUGGCUGGCUCCACUGCCGACAGGGUGCUCCUCUACCGUGUCAAUCUGGAGGGGGACGGAAGAGCACCAUCCUUUGAGAAGGUGGCCCCAUUGAUGGAUGAGCUUGGUCCUGCGAGGUUUCUGCUCUUCACGGAAGACUGCAGUCGCCUCCUGGUGUUCUCCGUCCACGGUGCCGUCCAAGUAUUCCAACUUGGGAUGCCGCCGACGUUGCUGCACACCAUUCCGACAACACCAGAUGCCACCACGCACGUCUACAUGGCCUGCCUGUGCUCUGGCAAGUUUUUUGCAACAGCGGACAACGAAAGCAAUGUUGUUGUGUACAGCUUACAAAGCUACAAGGUUGUGUGCCGGUUGCCCCAAAGGAGCAGUCUGCCCACCGCAAUGCGAUUUGCUCCCAAGUCUUGUGACUUGGUGGUCGUGUUCAGUGACAACCAGGUUAUAGAGUUCGACGUCGAGCAUGGAGCGUACACCCACUGGUGCCAGCAGAUGCAUUCGGCAGGCAGCCUCAGCCUCAAGACAAGGUCACCGUUGACAGGGCUCACAUUUGACCCCAAGAAUCAAGGUGUCUUCUUUCUCUACAACGACCAUGAGCUCUUUCUGAUUGACAAGAAAAAGGUGCUGACCAAAGCAAAGAUGGGGUCUCAGUCCUUGAGGAGGAGCUUAGAGUUCAAGUGGCUAGCAAUGUUUGACAGCCUGGAGGAUGACAUGGUUGCUGUGGAAGUGCCACCUUCUCAGUUACUCAAACACCUGCCUCCACCACUUUGGCAAAAGAAAUAUGGCACAUAAAUCGAAGGCCAACUUGAGUGGGCCAAUUUUUAGUAAAAUAAAGGGAUUGUUAUUAAUGUCUUUA